GUCCGCCCCAUUUGCUGUUAGUGAAAACUCACAGCUUCGUUUUAUUCUAUGCAUCGAGAACGUCGGUUUCUCCGUUUUCCUUCGAAAUUGGCUUCACCGAUCUGAUCUCCGUUUUCCUCUCAACACCGCACCCGAAUCUUUUCGCUUCCUCCGUGCCGUCUUCUUGAAGGAUUUCCAGCUCGGGGUGAGGUCGAUGGCGGUCUCUCUCCGCUCCACUGUCGCCCUUUGCCGUCUGGAUCGUAGGUGGUCUUCCGAACUCUACUGCUUCCGCCAGGAGGUCAAGGAUAAGGGACUCUUCCCGAGAAGACGCAGGAGUCUGCGGGGUUGUCGCUUUCGGAGUCAUAGGGUUGCCUGCCAUCUGGAGCUGGAGGGCUUAGUAAGAAGGAAGUGUUGCCCCUAUCUAGAAGGUUCUUUUCUUUCUAGUUCCAAUGAUCCAUCCUUGCACGAGUGGAGUGCAAUUCCAGAUAUUUGGAAGUCAUCAGCAGAAAAAUAUGGUGAUCGUGUUGCUCUUGUGGAUCCUUAUCACGAGCCACCUACAGAGUUAACUUACAAACAGCUUGAGCAAGAAAUUUUGAACUUUUCUGAAGGCUUAAGGGUUGUUGGAGUUGCUCCAGAUGAAAAGCUAGCACUUUUUGCUGAUAAUUCUUGUAGGUGGUUAAUUGCAGACCAAGGAAUAAUGGCUACCGGUGCAAUAAAUGUAGUUAGGGGUACUAGAUCUUCAAAUGAAGAAUUGUUUCAUAUAUAUGACCACUCUGAAAGGGACAAGUACGGAUCUGGGCACCCAGUGAUGUCAAGAGCAUUCGAGUGCUUGCUUAGGUGCUUUGUUAAGGAUGACUUGAAGCUCUAUCAACCUCAGUAUCUUAUUUCUGUUCCCCUGGUUUAUGAAACACUUUACAGUUCAAUCCAGAAGCAGAUAUCUACAAGCUCUGGUGCUCGGAAGUUUGUUGCACUUAUGUUAAUUAAAGUUAGUUUGUUAUACAUGGAAGCCAAGAGGAUUUAUGAGGGUGGAUUCUUAACAAAAGAACACAUUCAAGAAUCAUUAAUUAUAGUUGUGAAAGACUGGUUGUGGGCAAGAAUUGUUGCUGUACUUCUCUGGCCACUGCAUACAUUGGCAAUGAAGCUAGUUUAUAGCAAAAUUCAUUCUGCAAUUGGAAUAUCAAAGGCUGGUAUAAGUGGUGGUGCGAGUUUACCAUCGCAUAUUGACCGGUUUUUUGAGGCUAUUGGUGUUAAGGUGCAGAAUGGUUAUGGUCUAACAGAAACUUCUCCUGUUGUAGCUGCUCGACGGCCAUCUUGCAAUGUUCUUGGCACAAUUGGCCACCCGCUUAAGUACACAGAAAUCAAAAUAGUGGAUAUGAAAACUGGUGAGGUUCUUCCAGAUGGUUUAAAAGGCAUUGUCAAAGUCAAAGGGCCACAAGUCAUGAAAGGUUACUACAAGAAUCCAUCUGCUACAAGUGAAGCUGUAGAUGAAGAGGGCUGGUUUAACACUGGUGAUAUAGGUUGGAUUAUACCGAUGCAUUCCAUGGGGAGGAGUCGUAACUGUGGGGGAAUGAUUGUUCUUGAAGGACGAUCAAAGGACACAAUAGUUCUUAGCACAGGUGAGAAUGUUGAACCAACAGAGCUCGAGGCUGCUGCCAUGCGAAGUAGUUUGAUACAACAAAUUGUGGUCAUUGGUCAGGAUCAACGGAGGCUUGGAGCUAUAAUUGUCCCAAACAAAGAUGAAGUUUUAGCAGUAGCUCGAAGGCAGUCAAUUGUAAAUGAUGACUCUGAGCUGAGUGAAAAUAAGAUGAUGAGCCUGUUAUAUGAUGAGUUAAAAACUUGGACUGUUGGUUUCUCUUUCCGGAUCGGACCCAUACUGAUAGUGGACGAGCCCUUCACGAUUGAUAAUGGUUUAAUGACUCCAACCAUGAAAAUAAAAAGGAACGAAGUUGCAGAUCGGUACAGGGAACAAAUUAAGCAGCUAUACAAGUAAAUUACUGCUCGAAACUCUUUUCUUGUUUGUGAUCUGUUGAAUGGCUGAAAUAAAAGCUUGGAAUGUAUCUUGACAUUUGAAGUUAGGGACAGUAACAUCUUCCAAUGGAUUUGAUUAUUCUAGCCUUAAAAGUGUGAAAGAAAAAUAACCAUGUGUCAGAGAUAUAAUCAACACUAACACUAUCAAUCUGCAAUCUGUGUAUGCAUGUAUUAUAGAUUAAAGCUCCUUGGAAGUUGCUAUUAGCUCAAAAGAUUAGAGGCAAAGAGCUCAAAAGUAUAACUAUGGAGCUUUCUUAUUGUUUAAAACAGAUGGACGAAUCUGUGUUCAUAGUGAUCGGUACUUGUUGAUUA